AUGAAUUAUAUUGAAAGGAAUAAAAUAGAAACUAUUUAUACGGAUGAUUAUACAGAUUUUACACGACUUAGUGAUUUUGAAAUAUUUACUAAAGACAUUUUAGUAAGUUUAAAGAAAUUAAAUAUAUUAGAAACGAAAAGAAAAUAUGAAGAAAAAUAUGCUUUUAUAAAUAAUGAGAAAAGGGAAAAACCGUUAGCUCCUUUAUCAUUAAUAAUAACGGUAGAUGACACCUGUAACUUUUUAAAAAAAAGUAUUAAGAAAGAAUAUGGUGUAAAAUUAAAUUAUGUAUAUUACCCAUAUAAUAAAUGUCAAAAAAUUAUACCCUUUGAUAACAAUAAUAAUAAUAAUAAUAAUAAUAAUAAUAACAAUAAUAAUAAUAAUAAUAGUAACAAUAGUAACAAUAGUAACAAUAUUAAUAAUAGUAAUAAUAGUAAUAAUAAUAAUGAUGCAAGUACUUCAUUUUAUAACAAAAAUGUUAGUAUUGUUAAUUCAUUUUAUUGUUUACAUGGGAACCUGAACUGUUCAGAAAUAACUUUGUUCCCAGCUCGUACCUUUCCCAUACAGCGAUUUUUUUUUGUUAAUGAAUAUGUAGAACUCGAAAUUACAGAUAAAAGUAGUGGAGAAGAAGAGCAGUGCAUUAAUAUUGAUCAGUUUUCAAUCAGCAAUUUAAUUUUAAAUAGUUUAAAAUUAGCUUUAAGUGAGUUAGAUAUUUCUUUACCCACGUUUGUUAUAAUUGAUAAGAAUGCACAUGUAUAUCAAGGUCAUUUUUAUACGAGUGAUUAUACAUAUUAUAAAUGUAUAAAUCCUUUUAAACCUAAUCAUAAAUAUAGUAUAAUGAGUGAUGAUUAUAAAGAAGUUAAUAGAAGUCUUCAUAAUUUUACUUACAAUAGUAAUUAUGAAAAAGAAAAUAAUUAUAUAUCUAUUUAUAAAGGUGUUGGUUUUGAAGUAAAUUAUCAUUCUUUUAAAUAUUAUAAUUAUUUUAAAUCAUUUACCUUUGAUCAUUUAGUAGCAUUAUUUUGUUUAUUUUUACAUUUAUCGAAUAUAAAAGGUAGAAAUAUUUAUAAUAUUAAUGUACAUUUAAAGAAUAUUUAUUUAAUUGAUAAACCUCAUGUUUGUUAUAAUAAUUGGAAAGGCUUUAAUAUAAAAAAUAAGAAUUAUUAUAUAUUAAAGAAUAAAGUAAGAGGAAAAGAAAAAAAUAAUUGUAAUCAUCAUAAAAAUAAUAAUCAUAAAAUGAAAAAGAAAACAAAUAUUUUUAAAAAAUAUUAUUUGUUUCAUAAUAAAAAGAAUAACCAAGAAGCUUCGAUUUAUUUUUUAAAUCAUAUAUAUAAUUUUAUUAAAAAAAAUAAAUAUUAUGGGAACAAGGUAUAUCUGUGUUAUUAUACUAAUAGUGUGAAAGAUAAUUAUGAUAUUAUGAUAAAUUCGAUAGAGAAAAAAGAAUAUAAUGAUUUUGAACAGAAAAAAAGAAUAGAUGAAGAUAGAGAAAAACAAAAUAACGAUACUAAAAAUAAAAAAGAAAUACAUAACGAAAAGGAAAUAAUUAGGGAAGAAAUAGGUACUGUUACUCAUUAUUUAUAUAAUAUAAAAAAUAAUUUGUGCAAACCGACAUAUGAUAAAAAUGAACGUAGAAAAAUUAUAUUAACAAAUAUUUUAUCAGAUGAUGAAGAAGAUAAUAUGUCUGAUAAUAUUUUUUAUUAUUCAUCACCAUAUAAUAAUUAUCCUUUAUCAAAUAAUGAACAUAUAAAAAUGAAAAAGAAAAGAACGACAUAUGAAGAUAUUAACAGAUUAUAUAAUAAUUUAAGAAGUCAUAAAAAUAUACCAAAAAACGAAAGUAAUUUAUUUUUAUCCAUUUAUGUAUUAAAUUUUAUUAGUAAUAUGCAACACAAAAUUUUAGAUACAAAUGAAAGCGAAAAAAAAAAUAUAAUGAAUACCUGGAAAAUAAGAUUUAUAAAUAAUGAUAAAUAUAAAGGAAGAAAUAGUUAUUUGUUAAAAAAUAUCUUAAAAUUGUAUCAUAACGAAUUAGUUGAUUUAAAAAAAAAAAUUCAUGACAAAUAUAGUAACGGUUAUAAUAGUGACCAACAUAAUGAACAAAAUAAUGAUCACAGCAAUGAACAGAACAAUGAGCAAAAUAAUGAGAAAAAUAAUGAGCGAAAUAAUGAGAAAAAUAAUGAGCAAAAUAAUGAGCAAAAUAAUGAGCAAAAUAAUGAACAUAAUAAUGAAAAAUGUAGUGAAAAAUAUAACGAACAAAAUAACAAUAAUAAUAAUAACGGUGAUAAUAACUAUGAUAACAUUUAUGAUAAUGAUAUGUCUUUUCAGAAUUAUUUAGUUCAAAAUAUAUGUAUGAAAAAUUCCGAAUGGUUAAGGGAUAGUAGUAUAUCAUCUUUUAGUUGUUUCAAUGUAGAAGACGAUUCAACAAGAUAUUAUAUUGAUAAAAUUUUGAAUAAUAUGUUUAGUAAUAAUAAAAAAAAUAUAUAUGAAUGGAAUGAUAAUAACAAUAAUAAUCAUUUUCAUAAUAAUAAUAAUAAUAAUAAACCAUGGAAAAAUAGUAAGUGGAGUAAGGGUAAAUUUAUUUAUGACCAUGAAUUAAAUAAUAUAAUGAAUAAUUCCUAUUUAAAAAAAAAUAAUUAUCAUGAAUCUUUUUAUACUCAUGAAAUUUUAGCACAUAAUAAUAUAGGAAUUAAUGAUGUUAGUAAUGUACAUAAAAAUAUAUUUGAUGCAUCACAUAAAUAUGAUAAUGUAUAUUCUUUAUCACAGAAUAAUCAUGGAUAUAAUAAUGGAUAUAAUAAUGUUUACAAAAAUAGUGGAUGUUCUACUGUCAUCACAAAUAAUAAUAAUAAUAAUAAUAAUAAUAAUAAUAAUAAUAAUAAUAAUAUAUAUAAUAAUAAUAUAAAUAAUGUUAAUAAUAAUAUUUAUAAUAAUAGUAAUAUUUAUAAUAAUAGUAAUAUUUAUAAUAAUAGUAAUAUUUAUAAUAGUAGUAAUAUUUAUAAUAACAAUAUUUAUAAUAACAAUAUUUAUAAUAACAAUCUUUAUAAUAACAAUCUUUAUAAUAACAAUCUUUAUAAUAGUAAUAAUAAUAGUAGUGUUUAUAACAAUACUCAUAACAACGAUAUAUAUAGUAUGUAUGAUGGUUUUUAUUUUUUCUUAAGUAAUAAUAAAAGCCCCCAUUUUUUAAGAAAAAAUUUAUUAUACAGGAAACCAAGGAACAAGAAAGAAUAUUUAGAUUUUAAAAAAAAAUAUUGGAAAAAAAAAAAAGCAGAAGAAAAAUUGCAACAAAUUAUAAAAGAUUUUCUAAUGAUUAAAGAAAAAUAUUUUUUAUGUCAUAAGGAAGAAAAAAUUGUUAUAUUAUUUUUUUAUUUAAUAAGUCAUUCAAGUAAUAUAAAAACAGUAUAUUAUAUAUGGAAUCAAUUUUUUGAUAAUUUAAGAAUGAAAUAUGAAAAUGGAGAAUAUAUAUUUAAUGAUUAUUUAUAUUUAUCAUAUGGUCCUCUUAAUAUAUAUUCCUAUUCCUGUUCUUUGCUUUCACAAUAUAUUAAAGCCUUAAAUAUAUCAACACAACAGUUUAAAAUUAAUGAAAUGAAGAAUCAAUUAAAAAAUAAAAAUUCACUAAGUUGUUCCUAUCUUGAAAGUGAUGAUAAUAGUUCUUUAAUAAAUGAAUAUUCGAAUAUGGAUAGUUAUUCAAAUAUAAAUGAUAAUGAAACUAAUACAAGCAUAUCUCAUAACAAUAAUAUUAAUAAUAAUAAUAAUAGUAAUAAUAGUAAUAAUAGUAUUAAUAAUAAUAGUAUUAAUAAUAAUAGUAAUAAUAAUAAUAAUAGUAAUAAUAAUAAUAAUAGUAGUAAUAAUAAUAAUCAUUAUAGUAAUAAUAAUAUUAUUAGUAAGAGCUGCAGUUCUUCUACUAUUGCAAGAAAAAAUAUAUCUGAUGAAAAUAUUUUUUAUUCUUGUGAAUUGAAUGAUGCUGCAUGGAAAAAAAAUAUAAAUAAAAAUGACAGUUCAUCUAAUCAUGAAAUGGAAUAUAUGAGGGGAAGUACAGAUUCUUUGGUAAAAAACCAGGUCUAUGUAAAUGUGGAUCAUGAUAAUGAAAGUAACCAUAACAGCAGCUGUAAUAAUAAUAAUAUUGCUAAUAAUAAUAAUAUUGCUAAUAAUAAUAAUAUUGCUAAUAAUAAUAAUAUUGCUAAUAAUAAUAAUAUUGAUAAUAAUAAUAAUAUUGAUAAUAAUAAUAAUAAUAGUAAUAGCAUGUGUGGUGCCGUUUAUAACGAUUCUAGUCAUAAUAUUAACACGAUGAAUCAUAUAAAAAAUUGUAAAGAUAAUAAUAAUGUAAGUAGUAAUACGCCCUUAACAAUCAGAAAUCUUAAAAAAAGAAAAUUACUUAUAUCCAAUUUUUUCCCUUAUCCAUUAAAUAAUAUGGAAUUGUUUAUAAGCAAAAAUAACGUAGGUACAAGAAAUGUAAAUGAUCAAGAUGAUAUGAUUACCUUAAUUUAUGAAAUCCUUCAAAUUAAAAAUAAGGAUACAUAUCAUUUUAAUGAUUUUUUGAAAUGGUAUAAAAUAAAUAUAGGCAAAUUAUACACCUCUGAACAAGUACUGAAAUAUUGUUAUAAUUGUAUAAAAUAUAGCCAUUUUAUUAAUAUUGAUAUAUAUUAUAUAAAAGAAAAAUAUAAAGAAAUAAAAAGAAAAUAUUAUUCUUAUGAUGAUUUUUUGAAAAAUAUGUUUAAUUAUGUAAAAGAUAAUUUUGAUCAAAUAAAAAAAAGGAAAUGUCCAUUUAAUACUUUUUUUGUUGGAGAAUUAAAUCUAGAUAAUUUGUUAAAUAUGAGUAUACUAGAUAUUUUGGAAAAUUCAUUUAAAGUAUUUUUUAUAUCAUAUAUUGAUUCUAUAGUCAAUUCGAAGUUAAUAUAUGUAAGAAAAAUACAAGAAGUAUUAUCCAAAAUGUUUCAUAUAAUAAAAAAGUUCCAUAGAAAAAAGAAAAAAAAAGAUAAUAAAUUUUUGAAAUCUUUAAUGGCAGCUAAUAAUAAAUGUACCAAUUCGCCAUUAGGAAAUUCAACAAUGAAUAAUAAUGAUAUAAAUAAUGAUGUGUAUAUUAAUUUUAGGGAGGGGAAUAAUACUAUAUAUAUAUGUCCUAUGAAGGAUUAUUUUAAGAAUAAAUAUAAGAGUAAUGAUGAUAGUAAUAAUAAUGAGAAUAGUAAUAAUAAUGAUGAUAGUAAUAAUAAUGAGAAUAGUAAUAAUGAGGAUAGUACUAAUAAUGAUAGUAAUAAUAAUAAUAAUAAUAAUAAUAAUAAUAUAAUUUAUAAUAUUACUGAGGAAAGACAUUCAUUUAAUAAAGUGGAACCAAUUUGCCCAGAACAUAAAUCCACAAGCGAAUUAAACAAAAAGGAAUAUUUUCAUAGUUGGAAAAAAAGUAUACACACAUUGAAAAACAAUUCAGAUAAGAAUAGCAGUGAUGAUAAUAAUAUUGAUAUAAAUUCAAAUGAACGACCUUCAAAAUAUAGUCAUAGUUUUAAUAUUAAUAAAGAAGAAAAUUAUUUUAAAAAAUUUUGUGUUAAUCCAGAAAGAAAACAAAAAAAAAUUCCAUAUACUGAUAUGAACUUUUCAACAGCUAUUAAGAAAAUAUACAAAAGAAGAUAUCAAAUGAUUUUUAAUAAAAAAUUAUUUUACUUAUUUCAAAAAUGUGAAGAAUUAUUUAACAAAGGAAUAUGGUUAUUUAAGAUAUUUAAUAAUACUUUAAAUGAAAAGAAAAUAUUUAAAAUUAUUAAUAUGAUACUUGAAUCAGAAGAAAAAGAAAUACUUAUAAAACCAAAAUAUGAAAAAUAUUUUUACAACUUUAUUAAAAAUGUAAGUCUAAAUGAUAAUAAAAAUAUGUAUGAUAAAAAAUUGAAUAAUGCCUCGAAAUUUCAGAGAUUAAAUAAAACUAUAUCAGCAAGAAAUUUUCAUAGAACUAUAAAAAGUAAACAUAAUAAAAAUAUUAUAAAUAAUGCAUAUCAUCCAAAUUUUGGAACUUCGUUAAAAAGUAAAAAAAAUGAAACCAUGUUAUUAUCUUCUCAAUCAAAUCAAGAAAAUAAUAUGCUUAAUAAGGAUAAGUUGUCACUUUUAUUACAUUCAAAUAAUAAAAAGCAAACUAUUCAAGAAUGUAUUAUAGAUUAUGUUGAUUACAAUUUUCAUAGCCAAAUGUAUAACAGUCCCACAAGAAUGUACUGUAGUGUUAACCAAAUGGACACGACCGUUUCUUUUAUUAAAACACCCUCUUUUUUGUAA